GGCGGCGGGACUGCGCUUUUGAGACAAGAUGGAAGAUUAGGGAAGAUUCUUCGGGGAAUGAACAGAGUUACGGAUAUACCAAUUACUGUAAAAUUGCGCACAGGAAUUCAAGAUGAUAUACCAGUUGCACAUAAACUUUUGCCAAAAUUUGAAAGUUGGGGUGUGUCGAUGGCUACGUUACAUGGUCGUUCACGUCAGCAACGGUAUACUAAACUCGCAGAUUGGAAAUAUAUAUCUAAAGUUUCAUAUACCGUAAAUGAGAUGCCAUUAUUUGGCAACGGAGAUGUACUCGGAUAUACGGAUUAUUAUGAGCAUUUAGAAAAACAUCACGUUGAUGGAAUUAUGAUUGCACGUGGUGCUUUGAUUAAACCUUGGAUAUUUGAUGAAACUAAAUCAAAGAGACAUUUAGAUAUAUCAUCAAAAGAAAGAUUAGAUAUUUUAAAAAAGUUUUGCAAUUACGGAAUGGAACAUUGGGGAUCUGAUUCUAUU